AUGCCAGAGCCGCUUUACAGAGUCUUCGUCCGGGUUCCCAUUCCUCGUGGGGACUUUGUGGAUCCUCCUCCAACAGGGACCGAACUAGCUGCACGGUUCGAAGUCACAGUAGACUUUCUCAUCAGACAGGUUGCAUACCUCACGGAACAACAUGCUUCCCAAGUAAGAGAUGAACUGCGCAAAGCAGCCGCCGCGGCGAAGAGUUCCGCCGCGCCGUCCCCCGUCCCCGGGUCUGAGCCUUUUAUGGGCCACCAGAGAACCAUUUCAGCUUUGUCCUUGAGACGAGACUCCCCAUUCCCGAGAAACGAAACAAGUGGCGCUCCAGGCACUCCAGUCGACACAUCGUACCGGCCAAAUAUAUCGAGAAAUCCGUCGGGUAACUCGCCCUUUCAACAUAAUCUCGGCGGCGGAUCUACACCUCGGCCGGGCAAAGAUUCCACAAGAGGAGAAGGCUUAGUACCAAGGCGGAGAAUUUCGUCUUUGCCUAUGGCGAAUGCGAACCCUCCUUCUCCCGGUCCAGCCGACACGAGUUCGGACGACUCGGAUGACUCCAGCCCCGCACAGUCACGAAUCAUUCGGCGACCGCCCCGAUUUCAAUCACAAGAUGAUCAGACAUCGUUUGGCGAUGACGAAGAUGAUGCCGAGCCGGCGUUCCAGGCGUUCAACCAGGACGCGUCGGAUCUAGCCUCGACCCUCAGAGGGGAUCAGAAGCGACCCUUCGAGAAAGACAGGCUUCACCGGUCGCAGACUUCGGAUUCAUCGACAGGGUCUGCGGCCAUUGUUCCACGGAUGGUAAAGGCUGGGAAUCGUGCGUCGUCAGGCCCUCUCUCGCCCCGCGCCGCCCAGCUCUCAGGUCGCAGUGGCUCGGGUGCCGGUAAGACGGCCUCGAGGGAGGGGAGCGAAGGCACACCCAGUAUGGGAAGCAGCUUUAGUGACCUUGACGACUCAUCUGUUACGCAAUCUGCAAUGGCAGAGGCGUUGGCGGCCGGAUUACAGGACGGAGCCAUUGGCAGCCGGUUGAGCAUUGCUCAAUCUAUUAUCAUUUCAGGAAUCUUGAGGUCUGGUGUUUAA